UGCCCUCUAAUUAUAGCCGCGACCAGGCAUAAUUCCACACAUGCGCACUGACUAGUAAAAUGAACCCACAUGGCUAUCUACCAUUGAGGAGGCUAGUGUGGAGACUGCAAGGAGGCAGGAGGAGAUGGAUGGGCAUGGUGACUGGGAGCUGGGAGCGUAAGAGGUUCUACCGUCACGUGAGUGUGUACCGGUGUGAGGAGAGUGGGCGGUAUGGGAUCAAGUUAGAUCAUCGCAACCUUCGUACUCCAUUACAACAACUGUUCCUGGUGCCCUUUGAACCCUUGGCUCUGUUAGCAGCACAGGAGUGGGAUGGGCAAGUGGGUGUGGUCAACCCAUCCCUCAUGCAUGUAACGUCCAUGUGCAACACUCUACUAGACAAUCCUCGAUUAGAGACUAGGGACACACUAACAGAAGAGCUUGGAGCUUUCCUGGAGUCUGACACAUUGCGGGCUAGGUCCAGUCAACCUGACACUCUGGUAGCCAUGCAGGAGAAAGAGUGGGACCCUGUCAUUAACUGGUUUAAUAAGAGGUUUGGAGUGAGAGUGGCUGCCUACACAUCCUUACUGCCCCCCACUGUCCCACCGAGCAGCCUCGCUACUGUAAUGCCAUUCAUUAGAGAAAUGAACAGAUGGUCUUUUACUGGUUUUGAAGUGUGUGUGGAAGCUUGCAAGUCUCUCAUUCUCUCAUGUGCUGUGUUUGAGGGUAGACUAGGACCAGAGGCUGCAGCAGAGCUAGCUAGACUGGAGGUACGCUACCAGACUGGACAGUGGGGAGAGGUGGAGUGGCAGCAUGGCCUCACACACACACACACACACACACACACACUACAUCUGCUCAUGUGUGUGUCCCUCUACAGACUGGACAGUGGGGAGAGGUGGAGUGGCAGCAUGGAGUGGACCAAGCUGACCUUAGAGCUAGGAUAACUGCCGGACUGGCAAUGCACCAACUAACUCUCUAAUUAGAUUAGCCUGUGUAUUAAACACCUGUUGUGCUGUUCAAGAUACAACCUGCCUUAUUAUUGUG